CCCCCCCCCCCCCUUUCGUUAGAGAAGACACAGCUUGUCCUCCUCCUCCUCCUCCUCCUCUCCCCCUGGUCUUCUUCUGUCCCGCAGCCUCCUUCCCCGGGACCCUCGCAGAGAAGAUGCGGGCCGCGGUGCUGGCCCUGUUUGCCGCAGCGUGGUGCGGGGCUCGCGCGGAGGUGAUCGAUGACGUGCUGCGCAGCCUCGCGCGGGGCGCGUCCUUCCUGGAGCGGCAGCACGCGCACAUCAACCUGGACGGGGUGGUCGGGUUCCUCAUGCUGCAGGCCGAGCUGAAGGAGGCCGUUCGGACGUGGCCUCACAGCGACCCGGUGAGCUGGGCCCAGAGGACCACGGCGGUCGCUCUGGUCAAACGUCUGGACCAGAGCUUCGACAAGGCCGUGGCCGCCCUGCAGCGGAACGACCCCAAGUACUACAGAGAGUUCGAGCCGCUGCUGUCAUGGAGCUUCUGGGUGGUUCCUCGCGAGUGGAGCUCCACGGAGCGCAGCCUGGUGUACCGCUCCACCAGGACCACGGAGUGCUACGACGAGCAGCUCAGCGACAAGUGUCUGACCCUGCUGCUGGGGACCUGGAAGAUGAACGGGACGCCCUGCAUCGUCACCAAACCCUGCCGGGACACCAUGACCCGCUUCGACUGCCCGCACUACUCCCUGUCGCACCAGCUGCUCUACUUCAUGAUCGGGAGGAUGAGAGGCUGCACCAACCUGCUGAAGGGCGACACCCGGCCCUCCAGAGCCAACAUGACGGAGCACAGCUACCAGAAGAUCUUCUGCUCCAACAUGAUGAAGACCAACCAGGACAUCAUGAGGCAGGGUCUGACGGAGCAGACGGUGGACAUCUUCAUGGAGAACAUCCUCAUCUGCGGCCUGACGGGGUUCUCGGACUUCUACAAGGCCGAUUGGCUGCGGCACAUCCUGCAGCUGCAGGACGAGGAGGUGGGCUGCUUCGGGAGGGACGAGAGCGCCGUCUCUCAGGUCAUCGGAGACGAGCUGCUGGAGCAGCUGCAGCCUCACAGGAGGGUGAAGAGGAGGGAGAAGAUCCUUGCAGACGGAUGCUCCAGUCACAUGACGGCGGUGGCCGUGGGCGCUCUGGGGGGAUACCUGAACUUCUACCUGUCAGAGCAGGACAUCACCAAGAGGCCGCUCUCCUGAACACCCCACCCCCCUUUCUUUUUAAGUUCUUCUGUCUUCUAUCACUGUACCACAUGUCCUGUAUCCUCAGGUGCUGAAUCUGACAGUUAUAGAUCAAAAUAAUCCCAAACAAGGACAGCAGAUUACUGACUGUGAGGGUGCAGCACUUCCUGUUCUGGGCUCGGUGCUGCUGGGGUCAGACAGGUCUCCACUAUGUCAUGUGGCCAUUAUUAAGAAAGAAAGCAGCUAAACCAGUGCUUCCUCUUUAGCUUCACGGAUCACUUAGUGACAUCCAUCGCCGGGCUUUAACAGAAUUUGAUGUAGAAAUGGUCAUAUUCAGUGAAUCAAGUAGUAAAUAUGUGAACCGAGAUCACAUCAGUCUCUUUAAAGUCUCAAUGAUAUAUAUAUAUAUAAAUAAUUGGUCUUUA